CUCUCUCUCUCUCUCACUUACUAUCCCUCACAACAGCAACAAUACCAACCAAAAAAAAAAGGAAAAAAUAGAGAUUUUUUUUUCACUAAAAACAACAAAGAGAUUCGAAGUAUUGUUGUAGUGUUGUUGUGUGUACAGGGCUCUCCCUCUUCUCUCUUUGCUUUCACCGCCCUACGUUUGUGCCCACCCACAGCAACUCAGAGUGAAGAAGCUGGAUGAUGGCUACGGCUGCAGUGAUCGGGCUAAGCGCCGGGAACCGGCUUCUGAGCACUUCAUUUUAUCCGUCCGACCUUUCCGAGAAGCUGUUUGGUGUUCCAGAUCAUGGACCAAUGCAAUUUUCAUCUGCCGCAAGCAAAAGCGCGAUAAUUGCUCAAAAAUCUCCUAAUUUCGGCCCAAACGCUUCGUCGAACCGACAGAUGCGAGCUAUUAAGGCGCUUAAAGAGCACGCGCAUUCCGCCGCCACUUCAACCACCGAGAAUUGGCUCAAUACGCCCGAAAUUUCACCGGAUGAUGAUCCCGACCUCGAGAAUUCUCUGGAAGUCCUUGUCUUGUUGCAAAAAUCUAUGCUGGAAAAGCAAUGGGAACUUCCAUUUGAUCAAAUGAAAACUUUUACUGAACCCGCAGAAAAGAAUAAUAAGGUCGAAGUAACUCGUUCGGGGGUUUCUGCGAGGCAAAGGAGAACAGAUACUCGGAGGAGGUUUUCGAUAAUGCCAUUGAAUCGAGGAAAGCAGAUACGUUCUACUGUUAGUCCCGAACUGCUUCAGGCUCGCAACAGAGGUUACGUGAAGGGGAUGGUAAGCGAAGAUUUGCUUACUCAUGCUGAAGUUGUGAACUUGUCGAAGAAAAUAAAGGACGGUCUUUAUCUCAAGGAGCAUCGAGCAAAAUUAAAAGAAAAACUGGGCACCGAACCUUCUGAUAAGCAACUGGCGUGUUCGCUGAGGAUGUCGCGUGCUGAAUUGCAUUCAAGAUUGUUUGAAUGUUCGCAGGCGAGGGAGAAGCUAGCAAUGAGUAAUAUUCGGUUGGUGAUAUCUAUUGCACAAAAAUAUGACAAUUUGGGUGCCGAGAUGGCCGACCUCAUUCAGGGUGGUUUGAUCGGAUUACUUCGUGGGAUCGAGAAGUUUGAUUCGUCCAAGGGCUUUAAAAUUUCGACUUACGUAUACUGGUGGAUACGUCAGGGUGUUUCACGAGCAUUGGUUGAGAACUCGAGAACUCUGAGACUACCCACACAUUUGCAUGAAAGGUUAAGCUUGAUUCGAAAUGCAAAGAUCAGGUUGGAAGACAAGGGAAUUACACCAUCUAUCGAUAAACUUGCAGAAUCCCUGAACAUGUCACAAAAGAAAGUGCGGAACGCUACGGAGGCUGUUAAUAAGGUACUUUCUCUCGAUCGGGAAGCCUUUCCCUCUCUAAAUGGCCUUCCAGGGGAGACGCUUCACAGCUAUAUUGCAGAUAGGAAUCUGGAGAACAACCCCUGGCAUGGAUUUGAAGAGUGGUCUGUUAAGGACGAAGUUAACAAGCUUCUUCACUUAGCACUUAAUAAGCGGGAGAGAGACAUCGUACAGCUCUAUCACGGUCUCGGCGGCGAAAGCCGCACAUGGGAGGAUAUUAGUAGACAGUGAGUUGCUUCUCUCGUCACGGAUAUUUGAUAACUCAAAGUUUGGUUUGUCGAGGGAACGGGUUCGACAAGUCGGGCUCGUAGCCAUGGAGAAACUCAAACACGCGGCGAGGAAGAGGCGGUUGGACGCGAUGCUGGCGAAGCAGUGAGUAUAUACGGUAUCAAACCGAAAUUGCGCAGCGACUGUAUAUACAAGAAAAAGAAGCUAAAAACAGGAGACCAUCUAUCAUUUUGAGAUUUAUUGGUCAAUCAAGAAGUAAUUAGUUAUACGUGUACAUGUGUGACAAAAAUGGAGAGAUUUAGCCUUAAUCUUUAAAGCUGUAAUCUGAUUAGAAAUGCUCACUUGAAAUAAUAUGAGUUACUUUUUUUUGUCAAAAUUUUUAA